AUGUUCCGGCGAGAAGUGGCUGUUGCAUGUACACUUACUAUCUUUGGCUGGUCAGUUCUUGAGGUCCUGGAAGUGCUGUCAGAUGAUGCACCUCGGGACCUCGAUGUCCUAGAGGUGUUCAGUGUAUCCACAUCUAUUGUGAGAUGUGCACAUGCCAGAGGUCUGUCUGCAGACAGUUUUGACUACACCAACAACCACCAGGCAGAUGUAUUAACACCACAUGGCUUCUUCCAAGCCACGAAAAUGGUUCUUAGAUUGAAAGCAGGUGCUCUGCUUUGUUUGGCGCCAGACUGUAGCUCUUUCUCAUUUCCAUGUAUCCAUUGGACAAAGAGGAAGAAGGGCAACUUUGCUGGUGACGAAGAGAACCCAAAAGUUCGAUCAGGAAACUUGAUGGCCAGACUGUCUUUUUGGCUUCUAGCCCUGGCUUUGGCAAGAGGAGUCCACGUCAUCUUUGAGAACCCAGUCAACUCCAGUAUGUUCUCCUUCCUCAAGGAGCACAUUGACCGACUGUCCGAAGUGCCAGACUGCAAGUUGAAUUAUUUCUAUCUGCCGAGGUGUGCAUAUGUCGAGGAAAAACCCACAUAUAAGAAGACCUACAAGUUCAUGGCUGUUGGGCAGUGGCUUAAACAGGCUGUGCAGAAGUGCAAUUGUUCAGUGGAUCAUAUUCCACUCAUGACGUCGAAAAAGCUUCCAGAUGGCACUGUUGCCAAGACUGGCUCUGACGAACUGAAAGGCAGUGGUCUGUAUCCACCCAAAAUGGGAGAGGCCAUCUUCAAAGCCUGGCAGGAGUUUUGCAAGAGUUCUGCAGUCCCACAGGCUUGUACA